CCUAAAUGCCCCAGCCGGAGCAGCAGGAGGUCAGAAGGAGGAGUGGGAGUGGAGAGAUAUAACCGUGUUACCAAGGCAGGACAUCUUCGUCAAAGGAAGGAAAGAGUGGAGCAGGAAAGGAGGAAGAGAAGGGGCUGAAAUAGAGGAGUGAGCCUUCCACAGAGUUCAGUUUCACACAGAGCCAGUGGAGAUUCUACAGGAGGAAAGGUGGUGUUUGAGGGAACGGACGAGCAACUUCGUUACUCUAAUCCAAAAACUAUACUUUCAUACUUGAAAGACUAAUGAACGGCAAGAUGAGUCUUCCCCGUAAUGGUACCCUGGAGAAACCCGUGUCCCUGCAGCCCGGCACGGAACGAGUGGAGCCUGAUUCCCCUCACCCGCGCCUCCAUCACACCGGCUCCGUCUCCGUGUCCAGCUCAGGUGUGGUGGUUCCUCCUCCGUACUCGAUAGCAGGCAGUGUGCUGAACGAGUCUCCUCUGGAGCUGAGGGGCUCUCUGGACUGUUGGGCCUGUUCUGUUCUCGUGACAGCACAGAACCUGAUCAUCCUCGCACUCAAUGUGUGUCUGGCUGCGCUUAUCUUCGGCCUCAUCCUCUUGCCUUCGCUCAUCAUGGUCGCUUUUGGCUUCCUCUGCCAUUCAACGGUUCAGCGCCACGGUACUUCCGUCUACUGUUCAGAUCUCUUGGAUGAUGGAGGCUGUGUGGCUUUAUUGGUGGUGGGCUUCCUGCUGCUGGCUCCGCUCCUGGUUCUGGCUCUGGCCGCUUACUGCAGGAUGGCCCGCCACCUCCAGCUGGGCCUGUGCUUCAUCCCCUACAGCCGUGCUGUCUACAAGAACCUGCCUGCAUCACAUCAUCGAGGCCUGGGGGGCUGCUGUGGCCAGCAGGGGGCAGGAGAGAGCGAGGGAAAGGGUAGCGUGUGGGUUUGAGCAGCCUUAAAAAAAAAAGAGCAUGGUGAAUUUAAUGUGAAAAUGUCAGAGAACCAAAUUGUGCCUAUUAUGUCAAUACAAGCAGUGCCAUGUUCUCAGCAGUUCUGCAAAUUGUGCAUUUAUUCAAAAUCAGAUUUUUUUUUUUCUUAAUCCAUGCUUUUGCAGUGAUGUUUAGUCACUAAUUUUUAACUGGAUCAAUCUAUAGACCUUUGUCUGGGUAGCACCGUAUUUCAUUUUUGACUGAAAUGAGAACGAGGCUAUGAGGAAUAGAAGUACAGUACGUUUUAUUGGUUUUACUGCUAUUUUACAACAUUGUUCAUCUGACACAUCUUUCUUUUUUCAGAAGACAAAGCAGUUUUAAAAUGACAUGAAAUACACUCUAAAAAAAUAAAGGUUAUUUACAGGCAUCAGUGGUUCCACAAAGAACCUUUAUUGCCAUCUAUGGAACCUUUUCAUUCCACAAAAAGUUAUUCGCUGUGGAACAGGGUUCUUUAGAUUAUUCGAAUGUUCUUCACAUCAAGAAAAAAUGGUUCUUUUCAGAACUGUUCACUUAAAGGUUCUUUGGGGAACCAAAACUGGGCAUCGCUGUGAAAACUCCAUUUUGGAACCUUUAUUAGGAUCUUUAUACAGUGUGCCACGUGCCAUUGUAAAGACAUUAAGUCUAUCCCUCACUGCCUUGUUUUUAUACAUGAUAAAUUCAGUAUGGUGUCUAACCUAAGGUCUAGGUAAGAUGGAGAAAAAGGGUGGAACUAUUUUUAAAAACGAAAUACCUAUUGUAAUGUUGUUCCUUUGUAAAAUUUGUUUUUUUGUAUUUUAGGGAUUUUUGUACAUUUAUCAAUAGAAACUAUUUGUAAAGAUGUUCUUAUUACCGUACAAACACCACUUACUACUUAUAAAAUAAAUCAAACAUUCCAACCAUAAAUGUAUGAAAUAAAAAAAAAAUGUCAAUGUA